AUGAUCACGACAGCCUCACUGGUGGAAUCUGUGGUGGAGUCUGAAGCGCAAUUGGACGUCGAUGAUGUCGACGACAAUGACGAAGAGGACGGUGCACCUCCUGCCAGUGAGUGGUACAGAAGGGGCCAAGAAAAAGAAGAAGAAGAAAACAAGCCCAAAAAGAAAAAGGUCGAGCAGAGCGAUCCUCCACGAGUCGGAAUGUCGAAGAUCUUCGCCAAUGGAAUCUACCCGGAGGGAGAGAUCCAGCACUACAAAGACGACAAUGCUUGGAGGACAACAUCCGAGGAAAAGCGGCAACUCGAAAAAUUAGCCAACGAAGACCCGGAAGAGACAUAUCAGAAUGCUCGACGCGGUGCCGAGAUCCACCGAACAGUGCGGCAGCACGCACGAAAGAAUAUACGACCGGGAAUGAGCCUGACAGAAAUUGCGGAGAACAUUGAAGCAGGUGUUCGUGCUCUCGCAGAAAACGAUGGUAUCGAGGGUGGUGUUGGCUUCCCUACUGGCGUCAAUCUCAACCAUUGUGCUGCCCAUUUCACUCCGAAUGCAGGGGACAACACCUUCCUUCAAAUGGGAGAUGUUAUGAAGGUGGAUAUCGGGGUACACAUUCAAGGCCGCAUCAUCGACUCCGCCUUUACCCUGUCGUGGGAUCCCAAUUAUGAUCAGCUUCUCGCGGCCGUCAAGGCAGCCACUGAUACGGGCAUCCGAGAAGCGGGGAUUGACGUUCGACUUGGUGAACUCGGUGGACUCAUUCAGGAGACCAUGGAGUCUUACGAGGUAGAAAUCGGAAGCAACGUUUAUCCUGUCAAGUCAAUAGAGAAUCUUUCAGGCCAUACGAUCAAGCUGUAUUCGAUUCACGGUGGUUCGAAGGGCAAAUCUGUCCCGUUGGUUAAGACCAAGGAUCAGACAAAGAUGGAGGAAGGAGACUAUUUCGCCAUCGAGACAUUUGGUUCCACGGGCCGGGGCCGAGUAGUGGAGAGCGGUGAAUGUUCCCAUUAUGCCCGAAUUUACGAUGCCCCGAAUGUGCCGUUGAGGCUCACAUCAGCGAAAUCGCUGCUGAAAAGCAUCAAUAAGAAUUUCGGGACACUUCCUUUCUGCCGGCGAUACUUGGAUCGGCUUGGAGAGAGUAAAUACCUACUGGGACUCAAUCAUCUCGUUGCGCAAGGCAUCGUGGAAGAUUAUCCCCCACUCUAUGAUCAGAUUGGGAGCAGGACUGCCCAAUUCGAGCACACAAUCUUAUUGAGGCCAACUUGCAAGGAGGUCAUAGCAGAGGAGACGAUUACUAGAUUCGGACUCGUCGCCAUGGUCGGUCUACCGUGGUCCAUCUGGAGCGCGAGCGGUCACGACUCCCAGCAACAGCCUGAGGAGGAUAUAAGACAACCUUCGCUCCAUCACUACGCAAAGCCUGGCUCGGUGCCUCCGUCCGCCCGUGUCGAGCACACGCUUAAAGCGGCCGAAAGGCCACGUCUGCGGCCAUGGCAUAUGUGGAAGUACGGAGUUGUCGCGAUUUCGAAAGCGACUGAGAUGACCGGCGCUGUCCUAUCGCACAGUAUUUGGGGGCCGAAGAGGCCAACGUGGGGACUCGAAAUGACGAUUAUCACGAGCUUUAUGAGAGGAGCGGGUAGACACAGCGCGCUCGUUGACAUUGCCACUAUCCGGAUGAUUAUGAGCUUAGUCGGGCUUAUUCCCUUGCCAUCCGACGCGCUCGUCACACCCGUUACGUUCCGGGUACGCAGGCGAAAGCUGCGAGGGUUCCUUGCCGACCUCGAUGCAGCGGAGGACGGAAAGAGGGAGCUGUCAGGGGAGUGGGUUGUAGGGCGGCGAACUUGGCACCGCCUACAAUCCGAAUGGAAACAGACGCAGCAACGCCGCUCAUCCAGUCCCGCACAACCACCGGAACGAAAGACGGAGCGUGUGGUGUUGUACAUCCACGGGGGCGCCUAUUACCUCUCCAGUGCCGCCGGCCAGCGUCUCAUUACCAUUCCUCUGUCGAAGUAUACUGAUGCACGCGUCUUUGGCAAGUCGCUUGAUUAUCGCCUCGCACCCGAAACUCGGUUCCCCGGCCCCCUCCAUGAUGCAGUAUCAGCGUAUCUUCGAUUGGUCGAAGAGCUGCAUAUACCGUCCGAAAACAUCAUCGUUGCCGGCGACAGCGCCGGGGGAGGAUUGACUUUGGCGCUUUUGAUGUAUCUCAGAGACAAUGCCUAUCCGCUUCCCUCCGCUGCUUUGCUCAUGUCGCCUUGGGUCGAUUUGACUAUGAGCUGUGAAUCUUGGGACCUCAAUGAACCAUAUGAUGUGGUCCCCAUUCCAAUCGCCACCAACCACAUGCAUCCUAUUGCUUUGUAUCUGGGAGACCAGGUCGAUCAAUAUCUGACCCACCCUUACGCGAGCCCUCUUUUCGGAGACUUCACUGGACUCCCACCGUUGCUCAUACAAGCAGGCGACGCGGAGGUCUUACGUGACGAGAUUGCGUUGCUCGCCCACAAGGCGACGCUAGCCGGUGUUGAAGUUCGACACGAACUGUACGAAGAUGCGGUCCACAUAUUCCAGACAUAUCCAUUUCUGGACUCGGCACAACGGGCGUUCAUGUCUAUGCGGGAAUUCGUUCGAACCAAUCUUCCUCCGCAGAGACUGCAUGCGCAGGCGAAAGAGGGUCUGGGUCGGGAAAUACACACGGCGAGGGCACAUGUUGUCCGAGGCGACGGCGAGGCGAGCGAGAUCGCGAAAGAGGAUCUCGAGGAUGAGGAGAGAAGCUCAAGCGAAGAGGAGACGGCCAACCGCAGGGAUGGCUACUUCACGAGCUGGGGACCGUCCCGGUUCUCAAUGGUAUCUCCACCGACAUCAGACGACGAGGAUGACCGAGUCGAGGAUGUGUCUAGUGCUGUGGAACCCUCUCAGACACCCAUGCUUCGUCGCAUCAGUUCAGUCGCUUCUGUGAUUCUGCCGGAACAUCGAACUCCCCUCACCCGCCACUCAUCGCACCAUCGCCGUCGUUCCAAUUCGCAAACUCAGAUGCCUGCUGUCACGCCCAGUGCACCUGCACCGUCGCCGUCGAUUCGCCGUAGAUCGAUCACCAGCCACCCUGAUAUCACCAAACUUGUCGAGAACUGGACGCAGCAGGGGCCGGCCAACGAGACUCUUGUCUACAAGCAUCCCUCUCCUUCCUUGCGGACGCCUUAG